AUGGCUACCAAGGACGCCGUCAUCGUCAGCUCUGAAGACCGCGGGGAGGUCUCAGAUGAACCACUCACUCCUGUUGACGGCGAGCAGAUCGACGAGAUCGACCCGAAGGAGGAACGGGCAUUUCUAUGGCGUCUCGACAUCGGCUUCUUGGUCAUCGGCUUCCUGGGAUACGCCUUCAAGUAUCUCGAUCAGACAAAUAUUAGCAAUGCGUACGUCUCCGGCAUGCAGGAGGAUCUGCACCUCUACGGAAACGAACUGAAUUACUUCACCACUUACUUCAAUAUUGGCUACAUGGUCAUGCUCUAUCCUUCCUGUGUCAUCGUCUCCUACCUUGGCCCUUCCUGGUGGCUGCCGUUUUGUGAGGUCAUCUGGGGAAUCCUCACAUGCUGCUUGUCCACUGCCACAAACUAUAAGCAGGUAUAUGGCCUCCGCUUCCUGGUCGGCUUUUUCGAAGGCUCUACCUGGCCCGGGUACUACACAAUCAUCAGCCAAUGGUACCUCCCCGAGGAAAUGUCUCUCCGCAUGAGCCUCUACAAUAUUGCCCAGCCAGUCGGCGCUAUGAUGUCGGGAGCCAUGCAGGGCGCGCUCGCGACCAACCUGCAGGGUGCUCUGGGUCGAGCCGGUUGGCGAUGGGCGUUUCUCGUCAACGGUGUCUGCACUAUCUUUAUUGCCUUGUUUGCAUUCAUCCUGCUCCCUGGAUAUCCGGAACGUCCAAAUCCACUCGCCAGACUGUACCUGAAGCCUCGACAUAUCGAAAUUGCCCUGGCUAGAACACGUCGCGUCAGGCGUAAACCCCAGAAAGGCCUGACAGUCAAGAGCUUUCUCCGAUGCUUCACCUUCUGGCAGUUAUGGGCCUUUGCUGUUGCAUGGUCAAUUGGCUUCAACACCACCCCGUCCAACUACUUUAAUCUCUGGCUGAAAUCGUUGAAGAAUCCGGAUGGAACAAGGAAAUACUCUGUCGGCAUGCUCAACUAUCUUCCCAUCGCCGGUCAAGCUGUGCAACUCGUUGCGGAACUGCUGUUCAGCGGAUUCAGCGAUUUACUCGGUGUCCGGUUACCGUUCUUACUCUUGCAUUCUGCAAUAAACAUCGCAUCCCUGAUCAUCCUGAUCAUCCGCCCAAGCAACGAACACACCUACAUGGCAGGCUGGUACAUGAACUUUAUCGGCGCUGUAUCGACAAUGCUCCUCUGCGCCUGGGCAGCGGAAUACCUCGAAGGCGAACCCGAAGUGCGCACCGUCCUCUUCGCGACGGGGACUAUCAUGUCGUAUGCGUGGACUGCUUUCUUGCCCAUCGCUGCCUUUCCGGCCGAGGAGGCGCCGAAUUGGCGGGUUGGUUCGAAGGUGUAUCUUGGUUUGGCGUGUCUUGCUGCGGCGAUUUUUGUGGGAAUUCAUUUUGGCUUAAAGUGGACGUAUCGGGAUAAAAAUGGGGAGGGGCGCAGGACGAGAGCGACUGCUACUCUUGAGCAUGUCCGGGGUAUCUUGGGGAAGCGUGAGAGUGUCUAA